AUGCUCGAAUAUUUCACCUGGAAAAAGAUUAAAGCUCACAAGGAAGCUGCAGCCUCUGCCACGGCCUCAACCAGUACAGCAGCCGAAACGGUCCCUGCUGGUCCACAAGAAGUUCUUUCUAACAGCGAUGAGGCUUUCCUCAGACAGCAACUUGAAGGUGCUGAUGAACCUGUGGUGAUAUUGUCUGGCGGGGGAGACUCAGGCUCUACCACCCCCGGAGCAAGCCCUCUACCGCCCGCUACUCCUGCGCCUACGCCUAUAGAGGGUAGAUCGGCGACGACGACUGGGGAGUGGUCGGCAGUAGGUCUUAAAAACCGGUUCGGAGAGUUGAGGAGGGCUGUAUCUAGCGCGGCUGAGAGGAGGAAGAAAGGAAAGACUCCAGUAGAUGUGAAAGGAAAGGGCAAAGAGCCAGAGACAUUAAAAGUGGAAAAACCAGUAGCGGAGGGAGUUCGAGAGGAAGACGAGCUUACAGCUGCACUUGAAGGCCUCAAUCUUGCUGCUGAAAACGGCCGUGUAUUCUCCAUGUCUACAGAGACAAAAAUCCUUCUCGACAAAUUCAUCUUAAUCCUCAAAGAUAUUUCCAAUGGAGCCCCAACUGCCUACCAAGACCUCAUCGAUCUCUUUGACAACUCGUCUAAAACGUUUGAAGAUACCUUCAGCACUCUUCCAUCCUUUCUUCAAAAGAUCAUAAAAACACUCCCGAAGAAAAUGCAAGCUAAGAUGGCACCCGAAUUGCUACGUACGGCAGCUGCAGUUUCCCCUGCAGCCGCAGCAGAAGCGGAGGCUUUGGGAGGGAUGUUUACGUUGAAGGAGCUAGUCACGAAACCAGGGUUGCUGAUGGGUAUGUUGAAGAGUGUGAUGAAUUUCUUGAAAUUGAGAUUUCCAGCGGCAUUGGGAGGAACGAGUUUGGCAAUGAGUAUGGGCUUGUUUGUCGUACUGUUCGUAUUAUGGUAUUGCUAUAAACGCGGACGUGAAGUGAGGCUAGAAGCUGAAGCUUCCGCUGCUGCUGCCGAACUUUUGGACGGCGUUGAGGGCGGUGGUAUUGAGGGUUCCUCAAGUGCCCCGCAGGUUAUUGUUGGGGAUAGCACAAGAAAGACAGCUUAG